AUGAAAUUGGUUUCUCAUACAUUAUGCAUCUUAUCAUUACUUGCAGCAGCGCGUGCGACCGGCCUUUUCCCUGAGCUGCAGCAAAUUCUGAGGCCAGGCCCAACACAAGCAGCGCCCAACUUCAUCUUCAUCAUCACCGACGACCAGGACCUGCAGCUCGACUCAGUCGACUACAUGCCAUCAACCUUAAAGCAUCUCAAGCAAAAAGGCACCUUCUUCCGCAACCACUUUGUCACCACCUCUCUCUGCUGCCCGUCGCGCGUCAGCCUGUGGACCGGCCAGCAAGCCCAUAACACGAACGUCACCGACGUCUCUCCACCAUACGGGGGCUAUCCCAAGUUCGUUGACCGCGGCUUCAACGACGACUUCCUGCCGGUUUGGCUGCAGGGCGCGGGGUACGACACGUACUAUACUGGCAAGCUGUUCAACGCCCACACGGUCGAUAACUAUCACAGCCCUUUUGUUAACGGCUUCAAUGGCUCCGACUUCUUGUUGGACCCCUUCACCUACUCGUAUCUAAAUAGUACCUACCAGCGCAAUCGCGACGCCCCCGUCAGCUACGAGGGCCACCACACCAUCGAUGUCAUCACCGAGAAGGCGCUGGGGUUUCUGGACGAUGGCCUUAAUGGCGACAGGCCCUUCUUUCUCACUGUUGCUCCGAUCGCGCCUCAUUCCAAUGUCGAUGUGGGCAGAUUCCGAGAAGAAGCUCCUACGGUGAUGACCGAGCCCAUCCCUCUGGAUCGUCACAAGUCAUUGUUCAGGGAUGUGAAGAUCCCUCGCACCGAGAAUUUCAAUCCAGACCAGCCGAGUGGAGUCAACUGGAUCAAGACCCUCCCCAAGCAGGACCCAGCGGCCAUCGAAUACCACGAUCAUUUCUACCGCCAGCGACUGCGUGCUCUGCAAGGCGUGGACGAGCUUGUUGACGCGCUGGUUACGCGUCUUGAGGCCAGCAGCCAGCUCGACAAUACGUACAUCAUCUACACCUCCGACAACGGCUACCAUAUCGGCCAGCAUCGCUUGCCGCCGGGAAAAACCUGCGGGUUUGAAGAAGAUAUCCGCGUGCCUUUCUUCAUCCGCGGCCCUGGUGUACCGAGCAAUAAGAUUGAAAAUGCAGUUACUACACACAUCGAUUUAGCGCCCACCAUCUUCGACCUUGCGCGAAUCCCACUUCGAGAGGACUUCGACGGGACGCCGAUUCCGCUGCCUGGUGCGUCGGAUACCGUCCACCCACGCCAUGAGCAUGUUACUGUUGAGUACUGGGGACAAGCUUAUCUAGAGGGGGAGAAGGGCGCCUUAAGCAAUCCUGAGAAAGUGCCGGUUUUCGCGAACAACACCUACAAAUCCGUUAGAAUCAUCGGCGAGGAGUAUAACCUUUACUACUCCGUAUGGUGCUCCAACGAGCACGAACUUUACGACUUGACGACCGAUCCGCACCAGUUAAACAACCUCCACACGAGGGAAUCUGGGCGCGAUAGCGAUGUCAGAAUCCUGGGGCGUAGUCUCUCUCAGGUAAUCACCAGACUAGACUCCAUCCUCCUCGUCCUCAAAUCCUGCAAAGGCACCACCUGCAUAAAACCAUGGAAUGUCCUACACCCAGGUGGCAAUGUGCAGAACUUGCAGGAUGCGCUGAAUCCGCUGUAUGAUGCGUUCUACACUAGCCAGGCCAGCGUCUCGUUUGAUCGCUGUGAGCAUGCAUACAUUCCCGAGCUAGAGGGGCCGCAGAAGGCGCUGCCAUUUUCGAGAUACGGGUUGAACUGGGACGUCUGGACGUGA